AUGCCAUUUUGGAUUUUUACUCAAUGUGGGCUUCUUGAGGAAUCAUCAAAAACUUUUGAGGAAAUGCAUGGACAUGAUGUUAUCUCAUGGAAUGCAAUGAUUUCCAGGCAUGUUAGAUCUGGUCAUCAUGGAGAAGCCAUUGAGCUUCUGAAGGAUAUGUUGAUUGAAGGAUUUGAACCAAAUCUUCAUACAUAUUCUAGCAUUUUUAGCAUCUGUGCUGAUAUCCCAUCAAUCGAGUGGGCUAAACAAGCACAUUGCUGCAUCCUAAAACCUGGGUUUGACUCAAAUGUGGUUUUAGGGAGUGCUCUUAUAGACAUAUACACUAAGUGUGGAAGACUAAGUGAAGCUCAGAAAGUUUUUGAUAAUCUAGUUACAAAAAACUUGGUUUCCUGGAAUACCAUUCUUGUGGGAUAUGCCCAACAUGAAUUUGGGAGGGAAGCUUUAGAGAUCUAUAACAUAAUGCAUAGUAAUGGGAUCAAACAUAAUGGUCUUACUUUUCUUGGAGUCUUAUCUGCUUGUGGGCAUGUGGGACUUGUAGAGGAGGGAUGGCACGACUUCAAUUCGAUGAUCAAAGACCAUGGCAUUUCCUUAGUCAGCCUCUUUGCCUGUAAAGGACAGACAAAAAGAGCUUUUGACAUAAGGAGAUUUCCAAUGGAGUCUAAUAAGGUGGUUUGGCGGUGUCUCUUGUCUGGCUGCAAAAUUCACAAGGAUGUAGCUCUGGGAAGAUAUGCUGCUGAGAAAAUUUUGAGUAUUGAUCCAGAAGAUACUUCAGCUCAUAUCAUGCUUUCAAAUAUAUAUGCUGAGGCCAAGAUGUGGAAUGAAGCAGCACAAUUGCUAAAAAUAAUGAAGGAGAAGGAAUUAAAGAAAGAUACAGGAUAUAGCUGGGCUGAGUUGAAGAACAGUAUAUAUUACUUUUCUGCAUCUCAUUACACACAAUUCCAAGAAACAAAUCUCCACGAGGUUUUGGAUGGGUUGACAACCCAUUUAUUUGACGCUGGAUACAUACCUGAUGCCAUGUUUGUAUUGCACUGUGGGGAAUGA